AUGACUACCAUCUUAUUAGCUUGUGUUGUUUCAAUGGCAGGUGUUGUGGGUGGCUAGUACUAGCGACGACAGGGGUUUGAUGAAAUUGGUGCAGACGGUUCAGGUUGCAUGUGCAUGGAAGUGGAAGCGAAAUGAGGAAGUGGGAAGGAGUGUGGAGUUAGGGGAUGAUGGGCAGCGGUGGGGCACAAGGAUGGGAGAUGAGCCUGGCAGCGUGACAAGGAGAAGGUUGGCUGGUGUUGGAGCAAGAUUGGCGGUUGGUGGAAGGGCUGGAAGUCGAAAUAGGGAUGACGCAAAAGAUACGAAAAGCUUGUCUGAGCCUUCGGAUUUGGAAAAUUGGAGUUAUGGGAGAAGUGAUUGAGCAGUUUGUUGUUGAUUGUUCAGCAAGUAAAACAACAUGCGAUAGCUUUGGUGCUCAAGUUUUGCUUGGCUUUAGAGCAUAGUCAUUAUUGUUUAACAAUUAAAACCACAUACGCUAGUUUCAGCAUUUUUAUUUAAUUUGGUUCUAGAACCUAAACAAGGAGUGCAAUAAUUGGUACUCAUUUAU